UACAUAAUUAGUUUUAUGUUUCUUGCAGUACCUGGCAUAAGUGAAAGUCUAGCAAACACACUAAAACAGAAAGAGAUUUUGAUGGAAAGGAUAAAACAAUACAAAGAAAUUAGUAAACGGCCAGCAAAAAAUACAUUAACACAUGUUAGAAAAGAUUCUGCAGUAGAUUUAAAACUGGAUAAAGGAAAGAUUGCUGAUAACAGUGAUAUUGUUCAGUUGACAACUACAAUAAAGGAAAAAGAAAAUGCUUUAAGUGUGAUGCAAGUCAAAAUGAAAGCAAUGGAAACAACUAUUUUAGACUUGCAAGAAAAGAUCAAUGAGAGGGAUCAGAUUAUAGAAGCUAAAAAUAUGGCUACUACACUUAUGUCUGAUACAUUGAGUAAAAAAGAAAAAGACUCUUUGGCAUUACUUGAAGAUACCAGGACACAAAUGACUAAGAUGCAGGAAAACUUUAUAGCCAUGGAGACUGAAUGGAAUGAAGAAAAACAAAGAUUGCUCAAAGAUAUACAAUCUAAAGACGAGAAAAUUUGUAGUUUAGAAGAAGCCAAUAAAAUCCUUGAAGCUUCCAGAUUUGAAAUAAGUUUGGCUCAUGCAAAAAUAGCAGAAGAAUUGGAUUUGAAAGCACAAGAAAUUUCAAAAUUAGAAAUGGCUCUACAAAACUUGACACAAGCUAGCACAGAAUCUUCGCCUAAAGAAAAGUUAGAUGUGGAAGAAGAAAAAGGGUCUCGGGAAAUAGCCAGUAUGGUAGAACUUACUAAAAAUUGAGUUGUUAGAACAGUUAAACUGUCAAAUAAGGCAAACUAACAAGGAACUAGAAAAUAAAUUGGCUACAAUAAAUGCAGAACCGAAAUCGACAACAGGAAGCUCUCCAAGUAAAAAAGGUAGCCCAGUACCCACUCGAAAGACGGGUAGAAAUACUGCUUCGAAAAUGAAAUCUCCCUGGAGUCACUUGUCUUCAGAAACAUUACAUCAAGAUACAGAUAAGAAAUUAAACAAAAAUGAGAUAUCGAGAUUGGAAAUGGUAAUACAGUCUCUGAAUAAAGAUAUUUUAGAAAAGGAAUACAUUAUAUCCCAGAAACAGGAAUUGAUAUCAGAACUACAAUCUGUUACUACACAUCAGGAAAAUACAGAAGCAAAAUGCGUAGACAUGGUUGAUAUUGGUGUUUGUACUGAUUUAGUAAUUGAAGAUCUGAAAACGAAACUGUCUACAUCAGAAGUUGAUGUAAAACACUAUAAAGAAAUGCAAUUCUCUGAUGAAAAGCAAACCUUGGACAUAAAAGAAUUAGAAGCAAA